AUGGCCAGCACUGUCGCAAUCCUCCUCGAGGUCCUUGAAUGCCUUCGGAUCGUCCUUAUUUCCACCAAGUUGUAUCUCCUCGAGCCGAAGUCUCAGCCUACUCAUCUCCACCUCCAUCCCUGCGAAGAUCUUGUCCUGGGCUUCUUCGAAGCCUUCUUGGGACAGGUCAAGCAGAGCAUCAAUCCCACCAGCAGAGCUCAAAUCGCUCACCAUCACAUAAUUCGUGGUGCGGAGAGUGCAGGUCGACUUUCCCGAGUCGAAGGGUUUGAGCUAGUGGUCGUUUGUGUGCCGAUCGAACUCAUGUCCGAGAUUGAUCUGAAACAAUUCGCCGCCGCUAUGCACUAUCUCCCUCAGAUAUUCUUCGAGGUACGCCAGCUAGCCGGUGUUAUGGACAACGACGGCAUUGCACUUGUUCACACUAACGAGCAUUUUCUUGACGUCGUCAAGCAUCUGCGGACUAAAGAGGGGAGUGUCUUUGACGGGCUUCUGGCACGUCUGCGUCACGAUCCCGAGUUUGCCGUCGUGGUCGACGAGCGCAUCCCAACACAAGGCCUGCAACUACACCAUGGCAACGCCAUUUGCGUCCUCCUUGUCUUCCUCCUCUGCUUCGAAGCCGCCAUCAAUGCCCUUCCAUUCUCGCCGCCCAUCCGCUCAACCACUGGACAAGUUCCCGGCAGCCUCUUAACAUCCACCCCCUCCCACAUCAAAGUAUGGGAGUUCAAACGUAACCACUUGGCCUCCCUGAAAAGCUCUCACGAGCUUGAAGCUCUCCCAGCUUCGUACCGCCGGGUGUACGCCGCGCUCCGCAAGCAGAACAUAUGCGACCACUUCUGCUUCUUCUUGGAAGCUUCGCUACGCGUAAAGCUAGCAGAAUUAGAUCUCGGCACUGUUCGCUGGAUGCGCUUCAAGCCCCACCCGCUCGCCUUCUACGCCGAAAUCAUGCUCAAUCAGGGCAACCCCUCCUCUCACCUCAAAGAUCUUAAAGAAGAACCACAGCCCAUGCACUCCGUUCUCGAGAUGAAGACAAACCUCGGCGAAGAGCUGAUUUUCGAUGGCACGCCAGAACAGUUCGGGUGGAGCGAUUUGGCUUGGACACAGGACAAGAAGGACGUUGAGGUGUACUAUGUGGAGGGACAAACAGGCAUGGUGGAGUUUCACGACGACAAGAAGUGGAGAUUAAAGAAGAUUUUGCUGGAAUUGAUCCUCGACCAUGGGGUACUUUGUACACGCAGAUGGAGGAAUUACUGGCGGAGCUGGACUCGAACAUCUUGCAAACUCUUGAAGUGGACCAUGUUAUGA